AUGGCUUGUGGCGUAGCCAACACAGCUGGCAAGCUUCCAGAGUGGCCGCCAUGCCCCGUUAUUUUCCCACCCAUUCGUAGCCUGAGAUCCACGGUCUCAACUUCACCCAUGUGUCAUCACCCAUGCAGUCCAGCCAUUUGCUGA